GUCAAUGUCAUGAUAACUAGGUUAUGUUUAUAUUCAGAGAUUCUUUUAUUUUCAAAAAACUAAAUAGAUAUAUAAUUGCAUUAUAAUGAAGACUGUAUUUAUGGUUGCUGAAAAACCAUCUCUAGCAGCUUCUCUUGCAAAUAUAUUAAGCAACGGUAAAAAUAGUACCCGUAAAGGUUUUAAUGGAGCUUGCUCUGUUCACGAAUGGACUGGUACCUUUCUGAAUGUACCUGCGAAAUUUAAAAUGACCUCAGUAUGCGGUCACGUUUUGGGAGUAGAUUUUAUAAGCAAAUAUAACAACUGGGAUAGAGUGGAUCCUGUAGAACUUUUCUCAUGUCCUAUUGAGAAAAAGGAAGCGAUGCCUAAAUUAAAAAUGCCGGCAUUCUUAGCACAGGAAUCCACGGGUGUUGAUCACGUAGUUUUAUGGUUGGAUUGUGACAAAGAAGGAGAAAACAUUUGCUUUGAAGUUAUGGGCGCUAUUGCCAACAGUGUUAUGGGGAACGUUUAUUCACCAAAUGUUACUUACAGAGCCAGAUUUUCUGCAAUUACUGAAAAAGAUAUCAAAGCAGCUUUCAAUCAUUUAGGUCAUCCAAAUGAAAAUGAAGCACGAAGUGUAGACGCAAGGCAAGAGCUUGAUCUUCGAAUUGGUUGUGCUUUUACUAGAUUUCAAACAAAGUUUUUUCAAGGCAGAUACGGAGAUUUAGAUUCUUCGCUUAUAUCUUAUGGACCAUGCCAGACUCCGACAUUAGGAUUUUGUGUUCAACGUCAUGAUGAAAUCCAGACGUUUAAACCAGAAUCUUACUGGUGUUUGCAAGUUACUGUUACCACUAAGGAAGGACAAGAAGUCCAUCUUGAGUGGCAAAGAGUCAGGAGUUUUGAUAAGGAAAUUGCAAAUUUGUUUUUACAACUGGUGAAGGAAAAAAAUGAGGCUAAAGUGGUAAGUGUAACAUCAAAAGAAAAAGUUAAAUCAAGACCAACUGCUUUAAAUACUGUCGAACUGAUGAGAGUAGCUAGUUCUGGUUUAGGAAUGGGACCUCACCACGCUAUGCAAAUUGCAGAAAAACUUUAUACUCAAGGUUAUAUUAGUUAUCCCAGAACGGAAACUACAAAGUAUCCAGAUAAUUUUGAUCUUUUGGGUACUUUGCAACAACAACAGAAUAGUAGUGAAUGGGGACUGGAAGUUAAAGAAAUAUUAAAAAACGGGAUAAAUCGACCUAAAUCGGGACACGAUGCAGGUGACCAUCCUCCAAUUACACCUAUGAAGCCGGCUACCAGGAACGAAUUGGAUGGUGAUGCAUGGAAACUAUACGACUACAUUGCUAGACAUUUUAUAGGAACUCUUGCCAAAGAUUGUCGUUAUCUUAUAACUACAGCUGUUUUAAUAAUAAAUGAGGAAGAAUUUUCAGUGCAUGGUAAAUCUUUGAUAGAACCUGGGUUUACAACGAUCAUGCCAUGGCAGGCUAUUGGAAAAAAUGAAAUCUUACCGGAUUUAUCUGCUAACGAAAUGGUUCCAAUAAAAGAUGCCAAGAUAACCGAACAUCAAACACAACCCCCUGAUUAUCUAACGGAAGCCGAACUUAUAACAUUGAUGGAAAAACAUGGUAUCGGUACAGAUGCUUCGAUUCCUGUACACAUCAACAACAUUUGUCAAAGGAAUUAUGUUAACGUUAUAAGUGGAAGAAAAUUAAAACCCACUUCGCUUGGAAUCGUUUUAGUACAUGGAUAUCAAAAAAUAGACGAUGAAUUAGUUCUUCCUACUAUGAGAUCCGCAGUUGAAGAACAACUCAAUUUAAUAGCAGUUGGUAAAGCUAAUUUCCAAGAUGUUCUGAAACAUACCGUGGAAAUAUUUAAACUGAAAUUUCAAUAUUUUGUGAAGAAUAUCGAUUGUAUGGAUCAACUAUUUGAAGUAACUUUUUCUCCAUUGAGCGCUUCCGGUAAAGCACAUUCCAGAUGUGGCAAAUGUCGAAGAUACAUGAAAUACAUUCAAACCAAACCGGCCAGAUUGCAUUGUCCACAAUGCGACGAAACUUACAAUUUACCUCAAAGCGGAACCAUCAAAUUAUUCAAAGAAUUAAAAUGUCCGUUAGACGAUUUCGAAUUACUUUGUUGGACAAUGGGAAGAAGUAACGGUUGUAAUUCUUGUUCGCAUCCUUCGUGUCCUUACAGUUUAAUUUCAAAUGGAGUUUGUAAUUGUGCAGAAUGUGAUUUCGGAGUAUUGGUACUAGAUCCAUCAUCGGGGCCUAAAUGGAAACUGGGAUGUAACAGGUGUGAUACAAUAAUAAACCUCUUUGAUGAUGCCCAAAAAGUAACAAUCCUUGAAGAUAAUUGCGACUGUGGAGCGCAGUUGGUUCAUGUUGAAUAUAAACAAGAGAAAAAUAAACUAGAAGGUUCCAAUGAAUCGAAAGGAUGCGUUUUCUGUAGUCCACAAUUCGCUAAAUUAGUGGAUAGACCGAAAACCGCGGUUAUAUCCCGUCCAAGAGUGUUUAGAGGCGGUAGAGCCGGUGGAAGUAGAGGUAGAGGUGGUAGAGGAGGUAAAGGAAGACCGCCCAAAGAUAAAAUGGCGCAAUUGGCAGCAUAUUUUGUAUAACGAUUAACUAAUUUUAUUUUAUUAUUUUGUUGUAUUUCAAAUAAAACUCUAAAAUAUAUUAUUGUAAUGUGCAUAUUAGCAAAAAUAA